UUGGCCGGCUGGGCGCCGCCCUGCCACCGCCCCAACAUGGCAGCCGCGCGCUGCUUGGGGUGGCCGCUGUCACCGCUGUGGAGAUUACGGCAGGUCCCGGGGUUGCCACCAGAUUCAGCCGCGGGCUUGUACUCGCCAGUGAGGACCUACUCCCGGACCGCCCUCUAUGAACUGCUGGGCGUCCCGUCCACGGCCACGCAGGCCCAGAUCAAGGCGGCGUACUACCGGCAGAGCUUCCUCUACCACCCCGAUCGCAAUCCCGGGAGCACCGCGGCCGCCGAGCGCUUCACGCGCAUCUCCGAGGCUUAUCUGGUCCUGGGCAGCAGCGUCCUCCGCCGCAAGUAUGACCGAGGUCUGCUCACCGACCAGGACCUGCGCGGACCCGGUGUCAAGCCCUCCAGGACGCCCGCGGCCGAGCCCCCUCCUCCCUAUACCCCUCGUGCUCACGGAGGCUUUCGGGCCUCUCCCAGGGACCGCCGCACUAUGUUCGACUUCGACGCCUUCUACCAGGCACACUACGGAGAACAACUAGAGAGAGAGCGGCGUCUGCGCGCCCGGAGGGAAGCCCUUCGCAAAAAGCAGGAGGAAGGGGCCAACAAGGGUCUCCCCUGGGACGACACCAGAGAUGCCGCCUUCUUUGUCGUCCUUUUCCUUAUCUUCGUCUUCGUCGGCUUUCGCAUUUAAUCCGAGGAAAGGUGGGAAGAGGAGCCAGCCCCCAAAGCUUGCCUUUCUUGACCUUUGAGCGAAUUGAUCUUGGAUUGACUUGACCAUCUCUACUGGCGUCCUCUUGAUCCUCCGAGCACCCUCCAGCCUGGCCGGUGAUCAACAUAGUCCUCUCUGUGGUCCAGGAGAAGGGGCUCUUCAAUGGCCAAGAAAGAGGCCCCAGGAUAAAGAGUGCCAUAAAGCAGAAAUUGAAGUGCUUUCCGAGACUCCUGGGUGUCUGCUUAUUUCUAGACGUUGCCUUCCAGGUGUCAACCCCGCCCGAACACUUGCUCUGGUUUUAGCCGGAAGCCCUGAGCAAAGUUUGUCCCCUGCCACGCGUGUUUGUACCAUGGUGGGGCCCUUCUUCUGUAACCUUUGAACCAUGAAAUACGACUGGCUGGUUGUCCAAUGCCAAAAAGGUUUAAUUCUUGUGGGCCUUGCACAAAAUUUGUUUUUCUGUGUUAACCCAAGCAACAGGUGAGACUUGAUCAAAUGAUGCAGCAGGUGCCGAAGCUCGGUGAGGGAAUGCUAGCAUGCAAAAGGCACUGGGUUUAGUCCUCUGCUUUGUUGUCUUCGUGUGUCCCCAUUCCCCGCCAAAAAAAAGUUAGCGAAAGGUUGCCGUUUUGUUCCUGAUGACGUUAAAUCCACCUCUGUCUUGGGGGAUCGAGAAAACCAAGCCCUUGAGUAUGAGGAAUACGGUUCUGUGCCUAUAUCUAUCUAGGGUGUGACCUUGGGGGAAGGAGCUGUGUGGGCAUAGUAGCGGAACACUAAGCGAUUUGCUCUUCUGAGGUGUGUCACUGUUACUCAUAUCCUACUCCAUAUUGCUGAUGGAGGGUGUUGCUGGCUGGGCCAAGUUCAUCCUAGGCCAGUGUGCCUGUCCUUGGGCUUCCUUUUACUAGCCACUUGCUAUGUGUGCAGCUUGUAACUGAGCAGACUGAGCGGGGCCCUUGCAGCUGCCGUGUUGAUCACAGGUACCACAAAUGAAGCAGCCUAGGUUACUAGACACUGCCUCAAAAAAACAAUAAAACAACAUCAAAAAUUUCCGAAAAAUCCAGUUGACAGCCCUCCCAGAAAACUCAUUAAAAUGCCUGGUUUUCAACCUUUUUUUUUUUUUUUUUAAUCUUUUUUGUUUGUUUGUUUUGUUUUCCAAGACAAAGUCUCACUGUGUAGCCCUAGAACGCACUAUGUAGACAAGGCUGGCCCUGAACUCAUGGGAUCCGCCUGCCUCUGCCUUCUGAGUGCUACGACUGAAGAAGGGGUUCGAGCCCAGAGCAAGGCUGAGUGAACUGCCCAAGCGGAGCUCAAGUGCGCAGUCAAGAGACAGGAAUCGGCUGGAGAGAGGGCUCAGAGUUAGCGUGGCUGCUCUCCCAGAGGUCCUGAGUUCAUUCCCAGCACCCACAUGGUGGCUCACAUCUCUCUAUAAUGAGAUCCAGUGUCCUCUUCUGGCGUGCAGGCAGAGUACUGUAUACAUAAUAAGUAAACUUAAAAAAAAUUUUUUUUAAAAAGAAGAUAGGAAUCAGAAAUACAUGCAUCUGGUGAUGUCUUUUUGCCAGACUGGUAAAAUGAAUAAACUGAUUAAAAUGUU